AUGCAAUCUCCAUAUACCCUGAAAUCCACUCGGCUGACAUUCGAGAACUUUGAAGGUUCAUUUGUGACACAUGGUAUCAACGUUAUCCAGGACCCCGUUCAGGAAGACUAUGUCUAUAUAUUUGCCAUUAACCACUUGCCCAACCCUGAAUACUUUGAGGUUGCCGAACAUCCAAGUUCAGAGAAGAUUGCAAGGGGUCGCUCUCAGAUGAAGCAAUUCAACUACGUCCUCCAUUCGAAAUAUAUAAAUCAUGUCCGGUCAAUUCUGCAUCCACUUAUAAAUACACCAAAUGAAAUCCAUGUUGUGAGCCUACAUUCGUUCUAUGUUACGAACGAUAAUUUUUAUGGUGAUGGAGCCAUGCGUUUUGUUGAAGGUAUGUGGCCUUUUGCUAGAUGGUCCAACAUUGUCCACAUCGAGAUCACAGAUCUGGAAUCAGCGGAUGCAGCAGCCAGUCUAGAGGCUCCUGUUGCGCUGACUGGACUUUGGAACAAUAACGGUCUCAGUCAAGGUCGCAAACCGAAAGAACUUGUGAUUUCGAGUGCUAUGGGUGGUCAGCUGCACAUUUCUCAAAGGCAGGGCAAUACCACUAUUUAUAUUGAGGACACGAUCAACUUCUAUACCGUCACUAACAAUCCAAGCUAUUAUAUAGACCCGUACUCAACUGAGGAAGAUGAUGCUAGUGGAUUUGUCGUUGCUGGUGUUACAAGGGCUUUUUAUGCAAAAAGUGAGAGGCACAGUAAUAAACUUGGCUCAAGCCAGGUGUGGUAUACUCGUCCAAAGAAACAGAAAUGGACCGGUUGUGAUAAGAAAUUGCUUUUUGAGGAUGAUGGAUCAAGGAUUCACAUUGCUAGUGCUACUAUUUUGGUCCUAAUUAAGCCUACAGAUGGCCAGAAGCGGGCUUUGUGUUUUAUUACAGGGUUCAUGUCAGAGAGUAUCAUUGCAGUCUUAGUUGGUCUGUAA